CUGUAAGGCGCGGGAAACCCGCUGUCGGAGAUACUCGUUUUGGGGGCCAGUGGCCCGACCGAGUGGUCCUCUGUGCUUUCGGAAAUUUCUAAAUUCUGCACUUGAAGUCCUGAAACCCCAGUACCCGGGGCCGCGGGUCUAGUCUUGCUGGGCCACCGAGUUGCUCAGAGGCCGUCUGUGGGUAGCACUGCGCCCCUGGGAGGCCCCGGACUUCAUACUUGCAGUUUUCAUGGGUUCCACCCCUCGCCUUGAACGCAGCUCAGAGCCUGAGCCCCCAUCUCUUUCCAACAAGGGGAGACCUGAGUUCUAGCUCUGCGUCUGCUCAGCUGUCCUACUUCUGGAGCUUCAGUUUGGCAUCUCCAGAAAAGGGUGCUUUUAAGGCUCUCCCACUCCCUAGUACCUGGGGUAUUUUGCUCUGUACCGCCUCCUCCUCUAACUUUGUGGACCUAACUUUGAAAGUAGAAAGCUUUCAGUUUUAACCGUUUCAAUUGGAGUGAAAGUGUUGAUCUCAGUCACCCUAACAUAAAGUUCCCUGUAUAUCCUGUACUUAAUUCUCCUUGAGUUUAAGCCGCAACAGGGUGGGAAUUUUGAGCAAGAGAGUAAAAAGGUGGUUUGGGGGUAGCGGGGAACUGACACCAAGGAUCUGCCUUCGGUGGUUGCCCCAGCAGGGCGUGCUGGUACUUUUAGCUCCCAUACCCACCCACGAUGCCCCUGUCCCGUUGGCUGAGAUCGGUAGGGAUCUUCCUGCUACCAACCCCCUGCUGGGCACCCCGGGAGAGGUGGCUUGGUUCCUCACAACGGCCCUCCCUGGCAAAUGGGUGGCCAGUCCUGGGGGCCCGGCACAGUGCCCGCUGCUGGUGCCAAGUGUGGACUGAGGAGCCUCGAGCAUUUUGCUCCUCUCUCAGAAUGAAUGGAAACCAGAAAUUGGAUGCUUGUACCCAAGAUCUGCAGGAUUUCAUCCAGCACUUUUCCCAGAUUGUCAAGGUGCUGACAGAGGAUGAGCUGGAAUGCACAGAAGAGACGGGAGAUGCCAUUACCCGACUCAAGGAGGUCCUGGAGUACAACGCCAUAGGAGGCAAGUACAAUCGGGGUUUGACUGUGCUGCAAGCAUUCCGGGAGCUGGUAGAGCCAAGGAAACAGGAUGCUGAUAGUCUCCAGCGGGCCCUGACUGUGGGCUGGUGUGUAGAACUGCUCCAAGCUUUCUUCCUUGUGUCAGAUGAUAUCAUGGAUUCUUCUCUCACUCGCCGGGGGAAGAUCUGUUGGUAUCAGAAGCCAGGCAUUGGUUUGGAUGCCGUCAACGAUGCUCUGCUUCUGGAAGCCUGUCUCUACCGCCUGCUCAAGUUCUACUGCCGGGAGCAGCCCUACUACCUGAACCUAAUUGAACUUUUCUUGCAGAGUUCCUAUCGGACUGAGAUUGGGCAGACCCUGGAUCUCAUCACAGCACCCCAGGGCCAUGUGGAUCUUGGUAGAUACACUGAAAAGAGGUAUAAAUCUAUUGUUAAGUACAAGACAACUUUCUAUUCCUUCUACCUGCCCAUUGCUGCUGCUAUGUACAUGGCUGGCAUUGAUGGGGAGAAGGAACAUGCCAAUGCCAUGAAGAUCCUGCUGGAGAUGGGCGAGUUCUUUCAGAUCCAGGAUGAUUACCUUGACCUCUUUGGGGACCCCAGUGUCACUGGAAAGGUUGGCACUGACAUUCAGGACAACAAAUGCAGCUGGCUGGUGGUUCAGUGUCUGCAACGAGCCACUCCACAACAGCGCCAGAUCUUAGAGGAGAACUAUGGGCAGAAGGACCUGGAGAAAGUGGCGCGGGUGAAAGCCCUGUACGAGGAGCUGGAUCUGCCAGCUGUGUUCCAGAAGCACGAGGAAGACAGUUACAUCCGCAUUCAGAGUCUUAUCCAGCAAAAUGCCGCACCCCUGCCCCCGUCCAUCUUCUUAGACCUAACCAAAAAGAUCUACAAGCGAAGAAAGUGACUUAGAGAUUGCAAGGGCCAGGAGGGAGGGUGCUCAAUAAAUUAUUAUACAAUCUAC